GUCCAGCUAGCUGUUUCCUUGUUCGCCAUGGCGACCGACGAUGUGGCCGUGGUAAUGGUUCCGCUUCCGGCGCAGGGUCAUCUAAACCAGUUCCUCAACCUCUCCCGCGUCCUCGCCUCCUGCGGUCUCGCCGUUCACUACCUCGGCUCCGCCACCCAUAAUCGUCAGGUCCGUGAACGCGCCGAGAACAGCCUCGGCAGCGCCGGCGGGAUCUACUUCCAUGACCUCCCGCUGCCUCACUUCUCCUCACCUGCACCGACUUACGACGCCGGUGUCAACUUUCCGGGCCAUCUUCAGCCCGCCUUCGACGCGGUUCUCCACGUGUUCACCCCUCUCGCUGACUUCCUCCGCUCUCUCGCCGCUUCCUCCCGCCGCGUCGUUCUCAUCCAUGAUUCGUCCAUGACGUUCACGUCCGUCGCAGGCGCCUCCCUCCCCAACGUCGAGAGCUUCUGCUUCCACACUAUCUCCGCCAUCUCUGGCUUCUUAUACCGCUGUGAGGGGAGCGGAAGUCCGCGGGAGAAGGCGAUCGAACAUUUGAAGCUUCCCCGCGUGUCUAACGAAGGUUGCAUAACAGAGGAAUUCAAGAACUUCUUCCAUAGCCAAAGGAAAAUGUUCGCCGACGGUGAAGGUCGCCUCUUGAACACGUGCCGGGCGAUCGAGGACCUGUUCAUCGACUUGAUAGCGCGCGAACCAGGGUGGGAGGGCAAGAAGACAUUCGCCAUCGGGCCGCUGCACCAGACCGCCGCGAGCGAAAACAGGGGAGUUCGGCACGGUUGCGUGGAGUGGCUGGAUCAGCAGCCGCUGGGCUCGGUCCUCUACGUCUCGUUCGGCACUACGUCGACUUUCUCGGACGAGCAGGUGGCUGAGCUGGCGGCUGGGUUGGAGGCUAGCGGGAGGCGGUUCUUGUGGGUCCUUCGGGCCGCCGACCGGUGCGACAUUUUCUCGGAAGAUGCAGAGAACAAGAGACUGCCUCCGGAGUUCUACGCGCGGGUGGAGGGGCGGGGGAUGGUGGUGAGGGGCUGGGCGCCCCAGGUGGAGAUCCUAUCGCACCCGGCGACGGGAGGGUUCAUGAGCCACUGCGGGUGGAACUCGUGCAUCGAGAGCUUCGCCGCCGGCGUGCCGAUCCUGGCGUGGCCGAUGCACUCGGACCAGCCACGCAACGCGUUGCUGGUGACGCACUUGCUUCGGGUCGGGUUCCCGGCGCGCAACUGGGAAACGCGAGCUGAGCUGGUGCCAGCGGAGGCUGUCAGGGAUGCCGUGGAACAACUGAUGGGUGAAGAAGGGGAGGAGGUGAAGCGGCGGGCGAGGGAGCUUGCGGCGGAGGUGAGGCAGUCGACGUCGGAGGGUGGCAGCUACAAGGCCGAUCUAGAUGCCUUCGUGGCGCAUAUCGCCAGGUGAUGUUGGCAUGGUAUGGCAAACGUGGCUCAGCCGCUCAGGGAACAUGGCUUUCCUCUCAAU